ACUAUCAUAAAACAAAUCCAGACGGACGCGGCGAUGCGUGGUCUCGUGGAGACGAUGAACGAGUCCCUGGAGUUGAUGCAGGAAGCCGAGCCUCUCCGGCAAAGUGGUCAUCGCCAGAAAGCCGCGCAGUCGAUCGCGAGACAGAUCAGAGAAUGCGCGCACUUCAUCUCCAAGUACGCUCACACGGACGGAUUUGCGAAGCGAUUCUUCAAAGGACUUGGCCGAAAUAUUGCGGACGACAUCGAGAGCUACCAAAACCGUCUGAAACAACUCGUAGAAUAUUUCAACGGUCAUACGACGGUGGACACGAACAUUGUCGUUCUGAGAGUUCUGGAGAGCGUAGGACGUUUGGACCAGGAAUUGAUCUUGAGAGAUCUCCCCGUUGCUUCAGGCUCGGGCUUUCAACCCGAAAAGGGAUGUCUACCCGGGACCCGUCUGCCGCUUAUCGAUCUCAUCAUGGCUUGGAUUUACUCCCCUGACGAAGCGAACCCGCAACCUCUCUUCUGGUUGUACGGUCCCGCAGGCACUGGAAAAUCCGCCAUUGCUCAUGCCGUCGCACAGCUAUGUAAGGAGGACGGGCGGCUCGGGCGCAUGUUCUGUUUCAGUGCCUCCGGAUGCAAGCUGGAACAGCUGUUCCCAACGCUUGCCAUCGGGUUGGCCGAUCUCGAUUCAGAAUGGAGGAAGGCGCUAUGCGAGGCGGUCAAAAACGACAGUGACCUCCGUUCCACGCAUUCACUACAGCUCCAGUUCGAAAACAUCCUUCUAGGUCCUGCAAAAGCCAUAGCAGACCGCGUUGUAGGGCCCAUCGUGAUCAUCCUCGACGCUUUGGAUGAGAGCGGCGGCGAACGUUCGGAAUUGCUGAAAUAUAUUUCUCGGCUAGCGGAGCUCCCCCGAAACUUCCGAAUUCUAGUUACCUCGCGACCCGAGCAGGACAUACGAGAGAGUCUAGCAGUACUGGACUGCGUAGUUCGUCAGGAUAUCGCCGAGGAUCAGUACGAUACCGCCGAUGAUGAUAUCUCUCUGCUCGUUGACAAAAGGCUUUCCGAGUGGUCUCAGAUAGGAAAGGACUCGCGGUGGCAGCGAGAUACGAUGGUGCCGCAAAUUGUCCAGGCCGCCGAGAAGUCUUUUCAGUGGGCGUUCACAGCGUGCGGAUUCAUCCGAGGGGAAGACAAGUACAAGGGGUACGACUGGCACGAACGUUUCUUGGCCGAAUCCGGUGUUCGUUACAGCCAUCUGGAUAUUCUCUACAAAUUAGUCCUAGGUCGGCUGUUCGGGGAUGGACCAUUGGAUCGUUUCAAACGCGUGUUGGGACGUGUCCUCUCAGCCAAGGUACCGUUACCCCUGGACGCAUUGGAGGAGCUACAAGAGGAGAAAGAUCCACGAGGCUGUACCACCAACAUCUUGAAUAUCAUGGGAUCUUUGUUAUAUGGCGUUUCCAACCCAGGCGAUCCGAUUCGUCCACUACACAGCUCCUUUCGUGAUUUUUUGACUGAUAAAGCUCGAAGCGGCCCUUACUACGUGGAUCUCAGCAGCGCGGAUGACCUGCUAGCCCGCUCGACGCUACGAAUCAUGCGGACAUCGCUUCGCUUUAACAUAUGCCAUCUUGAGUCUUCAUACGACCUCAACGACGAGUACGAUGAUCUUGAUCAGCGUAUCCUGAACGACAUGACGUCUGGUCUCAUCUACGCAGUCCGUUAUUGGGCGCAACAUAUCGUCCCUGGACCCGAGGCUGCUCUAUCUCCCAAAUUGCUCACCCAGAUCGAAGGAUUUCUUAAGACUCGGGCGUUAUUCUGGUUAGAGUCGCUGAGCCUGUUGAACUCAUUACAGUCCGGUUCGUCCGCGCUGCUGACGUUGAAGAGAGCCUUGACGGCGAGCGAUGUUCUUCGCUUGGUCGAGGAUCUCGAUAGAUUCCUCAGCUUAUACUGGGACGUGAUCUCAAUCUCGGCACCCCACAUCUAUCUCUCUGCUCUUCCCUUCACUCCGGAGACUUCGCUCGUAUCUCAAAAUUACAUGGAGCCCUUCCCCAAGAGCGCGAGGGUCUCGCAAGGUCGACUGGCUCAUUGGCCGGCGUUACGAUGCACGAUGCAAGGUCACCAGGACUUCGUCAACUCUGUCCAGUUUUCACAUGAUGGGAAGUGGAUAGUUUCGGGCUCUAACGACUGUACUGUUCGCAUGUGGGACGCUGAGUCAGGGCAGGCUGUCGGGAAGCCAUUCGAGGGCCAUACAGGUCCCGUUCGUUCGGUAGCAUUCUCUUCGGAUGGGAGGCACAUCAUCCCAGUCUCCGCCGACAAGACCAUCCGAAUGUGGGAUACAGCAGAUGGCAAGGCGAUUGGAGGACCGUUCCACGGCCAUACCGGCGAAGUCACUUCUGUCGCAUUCUCGCCUCGGGCUGAUGAUCCACGCGCAGUCUCAGGUUCCGCCGAUAAGACUAUUCGCUUAUGGGAUACGAGCACGGGGGAAAUGCUCGGAGAACCCAUGGAAGGCCACUCAGACGUUGUAAUGUCUGUAGGAUUUUCACCAGAUGGAACGCGCCUGGUCUCUGGCUCUCGGGAUCGUACAAUACGCAUAUGGGAUGCGCAAUCACAAAAAGUCGUGGCAGGACCUCUCUCGGGUCACGGUAAUACCGUCGCCUGUGUCGCCUUUUCACCUGACAGCAAGCACGUUGUGUCGGGAUCCUCGGAUGGCACAAUUCGAGUCUGGGAUGCAGAAUCCGGGCAGACCAUAGUGGGCCCGCUCGUGGGUCACACCGGUGCUGUGACAUCUGCAAGUUUCUCCCCCGACGGAAAGUACAUCGUUUCCGGAUCAUCCGACGACACGAUUCGACUGUGGGACGCGAAGAACGGAGCCGCACUCGGAGAGCCGGUUCAUUGCCAGAGUGUACAAGUUCUCAUCCGACUACGGGAUGUAGAAAGAGGAACCGUCGUCGGAGAGCCGUGGAAAGGCCCGCGUAUACGCGGCGUCUCCUCUAUUAUCUUCACACCCAGCGGCCAGCAAGUGAUCUCAGGGUCUUCGGGUGGCACUAUCUGUGUGUGGGACGUGGAGACUGGUAAAGCGCUCGGUGAAUCUUUUAGCGGACACGACACUGGUGUUAUAUCCCUCGCGCCCAUCGACGGCAACAGAUUUGUCUCCGGAUCAAUGGAUGAGACCCUCCGAAUCUGGGAUGUGGAGACUAGACAACCUGUUGGAGAGCCUCUUCGCGGUCAUACCGAUGAGAUCAAUUCCGUCGCAUACUCCUCAGAUGGGAGUCGGAUCGUGUCCGGAUCGGAUGACGUCACGGUCCGGCUGUGGGACACAGAGUCCGGGGAUCCCAUCGGAGAGCCUUUGGUUGGCCAUAACGGCGGCGUGUACUCCGUGGCAUUUUGUUCUAACGAUGAAUAUGUGAUCUCAGGAUCUGAAGAUGGCACGGUACGAAUUUGGGGCGUAGGGACGACCUCGGGGUCAUUGGUCGCCGUUUUACGAGGACAUUCGCACGCGGUCAUGUCGGUCAAAUGGUCGUCUAAGAUGAGUUGCAUCGUUUCCGGCUCGUGGGAUGGCUCUGUCCGGUCUUGGGAC